CAGAAAGUUCAAUUGUCACACAGUGUGGGUUCUGGAAACUAUGGGUUCUACUGUAUCCCAGAAUGCUUUCGAGUGGUCCUACACAGACGAACCUCAUGCGACACGGAGAAAGCAAAUGCUUAAGAAAUAUCCUGACUUGAAGAAACUGUUUGGAAUCGACACACGGUUUAAAUGGGAGGUCUCCUUGUGGGUUUCACUGCAAAUCGGAGCUUGCAUGAUCAUUGGAGCGUUUGACGAUGUUAUCUGUUGGCCUUGGAUAGUUAUAGCUGCUUACUGGUUUGGUGGAACUAUCAACCACUCGCUUACUCUUGCUAUACACGACAUAUCGCACAACACAGCUUUUGGACAAAGUCGAUGGUUUGCUAAUCGAUUGUUUGGAAUGUGGGCCAACCUACCACUUGGAGCGCCCAUGUCUAUAUCAUUCAAGCGAUACCACAUAGAGCAUCACCGCUAUUUGGCCGUUGAUGGUAUUGAUACAGACCUGCCAACGUAUUGGGAGGCGAAAUUCUUCCGCAACACAUUUCUCAAAGCCAUCUGGAUGCUACUGCAGCCUUUCUUUUAUUCUAUCAGACCUCUAGUGGUGAGACCAAAAAAGCCAGGAUAUCUUGAAUUUCUGAACUUUCUUUUCCAGUUCAUCUUUGAUGUUCUCAUCUGGUAUUUUUGUGGGAUAAGAGCGAUUGCGUACCUUGUUCUAUCGACUGUGCUUUCCAUGGGGUUGCAUCCGAUGGCCGGUCAUUUUCUUUCCGAACACUACAUGAUCCUCUUCGGUCACGAUACUUACUCAUAUUAUGGCCCUAUGAACGCGAUCACAUUCAAUGUCGGUUAUCAUGUUGAGCAUCACGAUCUUCCGUAUGUGCCUAGUUGUUCGCUUCCUGAUGUGAAGGCGAGGGCUCCAGAAUUCUACUCAUCACUACCCCAUCACACGUCAUGGACAAGGGUGCUUUGGAAGUUUAUUACUGAACCAACACUCGGACCGUAUGCAAGAAUCAAAAGACCAACGCGAAAAGAUGCUCAUCAGCAGUAAAUUAUAUUUGUUAUAGAAUUCUAAGUUUACCAUUCGCAUUUGUUUGUUUGUUGCCUUAUUGUUUGCAUUGAGUAUGACAGUUUGCUAAUAAAUUGGUUAUGUAUCUUA